AUGUUAUCAUCUGAAAGCGAUUCUCCAAUCGACUUCGACACCAGUGGAAGCGACUCUGUCCCGGAUCAGCUCGACGGACCGGUGCUGUCACUAGAAUCACCAUUAAAGCAAUCUGACGGCCCUCCCAUUGUGGAUGACAACCUAGUGGUGGAAAGUAACGUGUCAGACCAUGCGGCUGUUGAUUCCACUAGUAGUGACUCCAAGCAACAAGAAGAACAGCAGCAUAGGACUGUUAGACCAUCAACUCUUACACAAGACGACUGUAUGACGCUUGCACAGGAGGAGGAUGAGGCAAAGAAGACGAUAAGACGGGAAGCUCAAGAGGCGAUCAAGUCAUUCUACGAUGAGCGUCAAUGCCGCAUAGAGGAAAACAAAAAGAAUAAUCUCGCCGAGAUGGAAAAAAUUGAAUCCAGUAAACUGCGAAUGUUGGACAAAGCCGCGAGCAACAAAAC